CCAUGUUGCAGACCGGUUUUGGCCAAGAAAGAAGAACGAAGAAAGAUCGAGUCGGUCGACCAAAGAGAAAGCAUGAUCGGUUAGUUGUUGUUGACGUGUGCACCACUCUAAGAAGUGUUUCAAUUUAAGCGGCCAAAACUAUAUAAUGGCAGCAAGUGUUGUUAAAACCCCCAAGUGCCCCAGACGAGGAUCUGUCAAAGAUGUGGCCCAAAGCGCACAUAGAUCAGGGCCCACAUCUAGCAAAGAGGCCAAUUGGAACUGGUGGCUUCUCCUGGCCACCGUCUUCCUGGUGACCUUCGCCACACGCUUCUAUAAGGUCACCGAACCGGACCACAUAUGUUGGGAUGAGACGCACUUUGGCAAGAUGGGCAGUUGGUACAUCAACAGAACUUUUUUUUUCGAUGUCCAUCCACCGCUGGGAAAGAUGCUCAUUGGCCUCUCUGGCUACUUGACGGGCUACAAUGGAACGUUUCCGUUUGAGAAGCCAGGCGACAAGUACAACGAAACGCGGUACCAGGGCAUGCGAUAUUUCUGCACCACACUGGGAGCUCUGAUCAUGCCCAUGGGAUUCGAUACUGUCUACGAUUUGACCCGUUCCCAUGAAGCUGCUUUGCUUGCGGCUGCCUAUCUUAUUUUCGAUGUGGGGCUCUUGACCCUCAACCAGUACAUCCUGCUGGACCCUAUCUUACUAUUCUUCAUGAUGGCCUCCGUCUGGGGCAUGGUCAAGGUAUCGAAGUCCACGGCCUCCGGAGGAUCGUACGGUCUGCGCUGGUGGUUCUGGCUCUUCCUCACCGGGACCAUGUUGUCCUGCACGAUUAGCGUUAAGUUCGUGGGUCUGUUUGUGGUGCUGUUGGUCGGUCUGCAUACAGCCACUGAACUGUGGCUCAUCCUCGGCGAUUUGGGGCAGCCCAUUCUGGAGACUGUUAAGCAGUUGGCCUGCCGGGCCAUCACCCUGAUUGUCUGGCCCAUUCUCCUUUAUAUCCUGUUCUUCUACAUUCACCUCUGUGUCCUUAACCGCAGCGGAAACGGAGAUGGGUUCUAUAGUUCGGCCUUUCAGUCCAGGCUGAUCGGCAACUCCCUAUAUAAUGCCAGCAUGCCCAGAGAUGUCGCCUACGGAUCUCUGGUGACCAUCAAGAACCACAAGACGGGCGGAGGCUACCUGCAUUCGCAUCAUCACCUGUAUCCCAAGGGAUUGGGCGCCAGGCAGCAGCAGGUCACCACUUACACCCACAAGGACGAGAACAAUAGGUGGCUAAUCAGGCCGCACAACAAGAAGGGUCUACCAAAGGGCAAGCCCCAGAUCCUCCGGCACGGGGACAUCGUCCGCCUGACUCACAUGGCGACCAGGAGAAAUCUGCACUCCCACAACGAACCUGCGCCCAUGACCAAGAAGCAUUUACAGGUCACUGGCUAUGGCGAGUUGGGCGUAGGCGAUGCCAACGACGCAUGGCGCGUGUUGAUUGUGGGCGGCAAGGUCAAUGAAACGGUACACACGGUCACCACCCGUCUCAAAUUCAUCCACCUGCUGCAGAACUGCGCCCUGACCUCCAGUGGGAAGCAGUUACCGAAAUGGGGGUUCGAGCAGCAGGAGGUGUCCUGCAAUCCCAACGUGCGCGACAAGAACUCGCAGUGGAACGUCGAGGACAACGAGCACAAGUUGAUGCCCAGUGUGAGCUUUAGCGUGUAUGCACCCGGCUUCUUUGCCCGCUUCCUCGAAUCCCACGCCGUUAUGCUUCAGGGAAACGCAGGACUCAAGCCCAAAGAGGGCGAGGUCACCAGCAGACCCUGGCAGUGGCCGAUCAACUACAGGGGCCAGUUCUUCUCCGGCAGCAGUUACCGCAUCUACUUGCUGGGAAACCCGUUGAUUUGGUGGAGCAAUCUGGUUUUCCUGGCCCUUUUCGUCACUGUUUUCCUGUGGAACGCAGUCGUUCAGCAAAGAAGAGCUGGCUUCGCCCGAUCGACAGCCCAAAAUCAAGCCCAAAGUCCGGAUUCGGAGACAGUGGCCCAGGGAGAGGAGAGUGAGCACUCCACCAUGGACAUCUGCAGUUGCUGUACUCCGGUGAAGGAGGAAGUCCCAAAGGCAGUUCCUAGUUGGUCACCGGAGGCACCCAACCCGGCGCAGUCUUUACGGGCGGCCGCCUGGCUUUUUCUGGGAUGGAUGCUCCACUAUCUGCCCUUCUGGGCGAUGGGACGGGUGCUCUACUUCCACCACUAUUUUCCGGCCUUGAUCUUCAACUCCUUGCUGACGGGCGUUAUGUUCAACUACAUUAUGAGAGUUCUGCCCAAAUGGAUUCACCACGCUAUCCUGGGACUGGUUCUCUCGAUCCUGGUCUAUAGUUUUGCCGCCUUCUCGCCACUUGCUUACGGAAUGAGUGGUCCUCUAGCCAACGAGCCCAACUCUACAAUGCACAAUCUCAAGUGGCUUUCUACCUGGGAGUUCUAGUUAAUAUAAUCUUAGGCAUUUU